AUGAUUCUUACGUUGAGCGUCGUGUUGGGUCUGGCAGCUGCCUCUCUGGCCGCUCCAUCACAACCUGCCUACGGAUACUCUUCUCCUCCCUCUUACCAGUCUCCAGCUCAGUACAACUUCGAUUGGGUCGUGAAGGACGACUACUCUGCCAACGACUACGGCCACCAGGAGUCCCGCCAACACCUUCUUACAGGCCGAGACCUCAUCACUAAGCAGAUAAACUCAAAACAAGUUCAAACAUAUCUUCCCGAAUGUACCCUGCAGGUCACCUACUACGUGGACGGCGACUCAGGCUACGUGGCCAAGGAUACCUACGAGGGACAGGCUUACUACCAAGCCCACCAACCUUCCUACCAUCCUACACCUGCAUACCAGCUUACCCCUUCAUACCACACCACUCAUUCCUACCUACCUACACCUGCCAACAGGCCAACACCUUACAGGCCGAGACCUCAUCACCAACAUAUGUUUAUAUCAUUACCCAUACCCGGCUGCGAUUCUUCACUAGACGACCUGUAG